AUGGCUUAUGAGCAAAAUGAGAGUCUGAGUCCAAACUGUGGUGCUACCAAGAGGAAGAAGAAGCAGAGGAGGAACCGCACCACAUUCAACAGCAGCCAGCUCCAGGCUCUGGAGAGAGUCUUUGAGAGGACACAUUACCCAGAUGCGUUUGUGCGAGAGGAGCUAGCACGGAGGGUGAACCUCAGUGAGGCCCGAGUCCAGGUGUGGUUUCAGAACAGACGGGCCAAGUUCCGCCGCAACGAGAGGGCUAUGUUAGCCAACCGGUCCGCCUCUCUCCUCAAGUCCUACAGCCAAGAAGCAGCCAUUGAACAGCCCAUGGCCCCCAGGCCAACUUCCUUGAGCCCAGACUAUCUCUCCUGGACCACCACCUCCCCCUACAGCCCAGUGCCAUCCUACAGCUCCAGUGCGCCGACCACACCUGUCCAGGGGGUGAACAUGGCCAACAGCAUUGCCAGCCUGCGCCUCAAAGCCAAAGAGUUCAGCCUGCAUCAGAACCAGGUGCCCACUGUGAACUGACUGCACAGCCCCAAAAACUGGGACAAAAAUGCCAACGUGCCUUCCCUAGCAGGGAGAGCUCCUUCCCAAUCCUGCAAUGCCAGUUUGGAUGACCUGUGCCAAUCUAGACCAGAACACUAGUGCCACUCAACCAAAACUGAUUCCACUACCAGCAUCUGCAGAUGCCACUCCCAUGCCCUCUUUUCUCUGUGCCUUUUGAAGGCAGAGCAAGUUGCAAUCUGGCUUUGGUAAGUGGUGUGCAACUGUAGACACAUAUGGAGUAAAUUUGCUUCCCCCCCAUGAUAAAGGAUACACACACCCAUACACCCUGACACUUCAAGAAUAUAAAGACUUGCCAAGUUUACAUGAGUUUGCUUCCAAACAGGGAAGGAUCUUGGACCACUGGAUUUGACCGAUUUGAGUAUCUUGCCUGGACAGUCAAAGAGAAGUUGAGUAUCUUCCUACUCCAGGGACAUGGCAUUUUGCAAAGGAUCACUAAAAUGCAUAAUGUCCAUUAUAUAGUCCCUUUUUCUUCAGUGGUCACUAAGCCAUGAUUGUUCAGCAGUCGCAUAUGUAGCCAAUUCACAUUAGACACCAGCACGCCCAAGACUGAUGUAUCUUCUCACCUCUUUUUACAUCACCAGACUGCAAUGCUUGCAAGAGAGAGAAACUUUGGCAGAUGGAACUGUGCACACCUGCUGUAUAUAUUCAUUAUCUUGACCCUGCAUUGUGCUUUGUACAUUUAGGAAUAGCCAGCGGCCCAUGUCAACGCGAGAUACAUACCACCAGCCUUAACUAGUAACCAAAGGGAACGAGGAUGGCUUGAGUAUCCAGAAGGACUCACUCCAUCAGCUACCUAAAAAUCUCAUUAGUUAGAGUCUUGCAGUUUUCUGAAAGUCAGCAGUUGCUCUGUACUGUUUGGUUAAGUCCGUGAACUCACAAAAAACCCUAAAGGGCUUCAGGUGCUUGAACUCUCCCAAGGAAAAAGAAAAGAAAAUCUGUGAGCUUUAGCUGAAUACCCAGUUGUCAAAUCUCUAUGCAAACAGUACUAAAGCCAGCCUCCUUCAGAGGCACAGCCUCCCUUACAGAACUGCAUUCCCUGGAUGCGGUCAGUGGCCCAAGCUUGUAAAUUAAAUUCCUUCAGCAGAAAGUGGCUGGGUUUCCCCUUUUCCCCACCUCUUUUUUUCACAAGGGGGCCUUUCAACCCAGUAUCAUCUCCCCAAACUGUUCAGUCCCUCCUCCCCUUGUCCCCGUUGUGAAUUUAGACUUAUCGUUAAGUCUAUCAGUCUAUUUAAGACCAAACAUGGCAACUUCUGAGGCACCUUCGUGAGACUCUGCUCUAUUGUAAGUGCAGGCAUUUUGUCUUAGCUCAUUCUGUAGAGUCCAAAUGUCCAGGUACCUCACACUGAGGCAUAAAACCCAACAUUGGCAGUAGUUACAGAUGAGAAAAAGUGCCAGGAGAACAGCACGUGCACAGGAAGAGAGAUCACCCAUAAAGAUAAUCUUAUUUCUCCCUUGCCUCCCCCGCUCAUUGCUUCUCUGUGAGCAUCCUCUUAUUUAAUGAGUCUUUGGCUGGAGCCCAGUACACUAACUAACAACAGGAAUAAUCUCAGAACCAACUGUUUCUCCUCCACAAAUACAGGUGCUUGAGCUAAAUGAGAGUCCCCCAUAACCUGUAGCAUUGCUAGGGUUUGCAUCUGGUUUAGCUACAGUAGGACCAUGCUCUCAUAAGCAGUCCUGAGCUUCCGUCCAGGGCAGGAGAGAGAAAAACUGUAGCUCCUCUGUAACACCUUGCUGUGAGGUCUGCAAAGGCUUAGAUCUUCUGGUUGAACCAGCAGGGACAUAUUGGGUUGGAGGUUCCUUGUCAGACUGCCCCAACACAGGGAAGAGGUUUCCAAAAUUAAGAUGGCGACCCAUCAGGAGGAUUAGCUUUAAUUGAACUAAAGGACCUGAAUUUCCUGUUGUCAUAGUGCUGUCAACAGCACCAACCCUACUCAAACGAUGAGGCAGCUCUGGAGGUUCACCAAACAAAUCGUAGGUCCAUGGAGAGCCUUCCUUAUGCUGCUGCCAAAACCACUCGAGGCUGCGCAUCCCCUGUAAUGACACUUUAUUCAAUUCCAGCAGUUGUUUACACACUUAUUAAGCAGCCAUUGUGUUAGGGGGAUGCUGAAUUACUCCCAGAAUUAAAAGGUGAACAUAAGUGACCUAGAAGUAUGUAUUCCUUCGGCUUUCAAUGGGACUCGUGUACCAGCGACACUUGAGCAAUUUUGAAAUCCUCUUGCACUAGGUCCUUAACAAAGCUAAAGGGUGCCAUAGGCAUGAAAGGCCAGAUUUCAAACAAGCCCUGCUCCUGCCUGGACAUCAAAAAUAACCAAGAUUAUUUCUAUG